UCGUUGUUGUUGUUUUGCCUUUCUUUGCCGUGACAGAACAGAUAGCAACAGUUAGGCUUGGUCCAGUCUGUCUUGAUUUUAACCUUAACAUCGAUUUUGAAAACUAUAAAUAUGGGAGAAACGGACGCUAAAUCAAAUAAACCUUUUAAGCAAAGAAAAAGCUAUUCAAGCAGACGAGAUGAAGUUGCUGGAAUCAGAGCAAAAUUUCCUUCAAAAAUACCGGUUAUAGUAGAACGGUAUCACAAGGAAAAAGCAUUACCAUUACUUGAUAAAACUAAAUUUUUGGUACCACAAGAGUUAACCAUGAGUCAGUUUGUUACGAUUGUAAGAAAUCGGAUGUCCCUAUCACCAACCCAGUCAUUUUAUCUCAUUGUCAAUAAUAAAAGUUUGGCUAGUAUGUCGACUACUCUUCAAGAAAUCUAUAAAGACGAGAAAGACGAAGAUGGAUUUUUAUAUAUGACAUAUGCUUCACAGGAGAUAUUUGGACAAUGAAAACUAAACUUCUCUUAUUAAUUUAAUAUGAAGUUUUACAGUUGUGUAAAACUGACGUCUUCUGUAGUUGCUAUACAAAUUUGAAACAUAUGUAUGUUUUGGAAAAGGUAAAAUAAGUACACAUAAUAAUCCAGCAGUUAUUUCCAAUAUUUUUGUAUCCAAAUUUAUUUAUUUUAUAUUAUUUGUUGGCUUUCGUAACAUAUUUUUUUUUUACUUUUUUACUUUCUUAUGCUUUCUUAAAAUAAGCAUUGGUUGUUUGUGUAGAUGUGACAUAGAAUUGACCUUCAAAAUAUAAAUAAAUUGGACUUUACA